CCAUCACUCUGUCAUCUUUUUUCACGGCUUCAUCUCUCCUCCGUCACUCAUUCAUCACUCCUAUUCCUUCUCCCGGUCCUCCCACUGCUCCCUCGCUCUUUCACCCCUUCAUCACUCUGUCACCACUCUUCAGCAUCUCCAAUCCUUCAGGCUCAGUGUCUUCUUCUGCCACUGUCCACUGCUGUGAUGACGUGAUCACCUCCUGCUGAGAAGCCACGUGUCCUGCCCUGAGAUCACUCUGGCAGGAGCGCACCUCGUCUCCGGAGCUGAGGCUGCAGGAGCCCCACCACGGAGCUUCCCUACAGCUCAAGGUGUUUCCGCGGAAUUGGCUGCGGUACUCCUGGAUGCCCGGGUCUGUGCGAAGAGCAGGGCGCAUGUGUGACGUGCACGGAGCCGCUGACCGCCGCCGUCGCUGCUGCUGCUGCUCCCUCCACCCUGCUGCUCCUCCUCUUCCCCCUCCUCCUCUCUGCUGUUGUGCGCAAACCUCCAGCCGCCGGACGGACGCAGUUUGACGGUCCAAACUAGCAGGAGGAGAAGCCAGUGACGGAACCGGGAUCUGGACCGGACAUGGAUACUUGAGCGACAGAAUUUCUUCCUCUGCUUUCUUCUUCUUUUCAUCCUCUCCUCCUGCGAUGUUGCUCUUUCCCCGGCGGUUCUGAUCCACCUGCUCGAUGUCUGUCAUCAGUUCCUAACCCAGACAAGAUGAGGCUCUCUGCUCCGGACUCGGUUCUGGUGUUGCUCUGCGGCUUGCUGGGUCCCGUCAUGGGAGCUUUUCCCAGCAGCGUCCAGAUCGGUGGCCUGUUCAUCAGGAACACGGAUCAGGAAUACACGGCGUUCCGGUUGGCCAUUUUCCUGCACAACACGAGUCCCAAUGCCUCGGAAGCUCCGUUCAACCUGGUGCCUCACGUGGACAACAUCGAGACCGCCAACAGCUUCGCCGUCACCAACGCCUUCUGCUCCCAGUACUCCCGCGGGGUCUUCGCCAUCUUCGGCCUGUAUGACAAGCGCUCGGUGCACACGUUGACGUCCUUCUGCAGCGCCCUGCACAUCUCCCUCAUCACGCCCAGCUUCCCCACCGAGGGCGAGAGCCAGUUCACGCUGCAGCUGAGACCCUCCAUCAGGGGGGCGCUGUUGUCCCUGCUGGACCACUACGACUGGAACACCUUCGUCUUUCUCUACGACACCGACAGAGGCUAUGCUAUCCUGCAGGCCAUCAUGGAGAAGGCAGGGCAGAACAACUGGCAGGUGAGUGCCAUCUGCGUGGAGAACUUCAACGACGCCAACUAUCGCCGCCUGCUGGAGGAUCUGGACCGUCGGCAGGAGAAGAAGUUUGUCAUCGACCUGGAGGCGGAGCGUCUGUCGAACAUGCUGGAGCAGAUUGUCAGCGUGGGCAAACAUGUGAAAGGUUAUCACUACAUCAUGGCCAACCUGGGCUUCAAGGACAUCAACCUGGAGCGCUUCAUGCACGGUGGCGCCAACGUGACGGGCUUCCAGCUGGUGGACUUCAGCAACCCCAUGGUCAUCAAGCUGAUGCAGCGCUGGAACAAGCUGGACCAGAGGGAGUACCCGGGGUCCGACGCUCCUCCCAAGGUACCUGCUUACACGUCGGCGCUCACCUACGACGGUGUGAUGGUGAUGGCCGAGGCCUUCAGGAACCUGCGGCGCCAGAAGGUGGACAUCUCCAGGAGAGGCAACGCCGGGGACUGUCUGGCCAAUCCGGCCGCUCCGUGGAACCAGGGCGUGGACAUGGAGAGGACCCUCAAGCAGGUGCGGAUGCAGGGCCUGACAGGUAAUGUCCAGUUCGACAACUACGGCCGCAGAGUCAACUACACCAUGGACGUGUUUGAGCUCAAGAACAACGGACCUCGGCGGAUCGGUUACUGGAACGAUGCCGAUAAGCUGGUUCUGAUCCAGGACUCUCCGUUGCUUCCCAAUGACACCACUGGGAUGGAGAACCGGACAGUCGUAGUGACCACCAUCAUGGAGGGUCCGUACGUGAUGCUGAAGAAGAACUGGGAGAUGUACGAGGGGAACGACCAGUACGAGGGUUACUGUGUGGACCUGGCCUCUGAGAUCGCAAAACACAUCGGCAUCAAGUACAAGAUCUCCAUCGUGCCCGACGGCAAGUACGGCGCCCGAGACCCUGAGACCAAGAUCUGGAACGGCAUGGUCGGGGAGCUGGUGUACGGGAAAGCGGAAAUCGCUGUGGCCCCUUUGACAAUCACGCUGGUCCGGGAGGAGGUGAUCGACUUCUCCAAGCCCUUCAUGUCUCUGGGCAUCUCCAUCAUGAUCAAGAAACCCCAAAAGUCUAAACCCGGGGUCUUCUCCUUCCUGGACCCGCUGGCCUACGAGAUCUGGAUGUGCAUCGUGUUCGCCUACAUCGGCGUGAGCGUGGUGCUCUUCCUGGUCAGCCGCUUCAGCCCGUACGAGUGGCACACCGAGGAGCCCGAGGAGGGCACCGACGGUCCGCCCAGCGACCAGCCCCCCAACGAGUUCGGCAUCUUCAACUCCCUCUGGUUCUCGCUUGGCGCCUUCAUGCAGCAGGGCUGCGACAUCUCGCCCAGGUCUCUGUCUGGGCGAAUUGUCGGGGGAGUUUGGUGGUUCUUCACCCUCAUCAUCAUCUCAUCCUACACCGCCAACCUGGCCGCCUUCCUCACUGUGGAGCGGAUGGUCUCGCCCAUCGAGAGUGCUGAGGACCUGGCCAAGCAAACCGACAUUGCAUAUGGGACUCUGGACUCUGGUUCCACUAAGGAGUUCUUCAGGCGGUCAAAGAUCGCCGUCUAUGAGAAGAUGUGGGGCUACAUGAAGUCGGCCGAGCCCACAGUCUUCACCAAGACCACCGCCGAGGGCGUGGCACGUGUCCGCAAGUCCAAAGGGAAGUACGCCUUCUUGCUGGAGUCCACCAUGAAUGAGUACACGGAGCAACGCAAACCCUGCGACACCAUGAAAGUGGGAGGAAACCUGGACUCCAAAGGCUACGGAGUUGCCACGCCGAAGGGUUCACAGUUAAGAAGUGCAGUCAACCUGGCAGUGCUCAAGCUCAACGAGCAGGGGCUGCUGGACAAACUGAAAAACAAGUGGUGGUACGACAAAGGAGAGUGCGGCAGCGGAGGCGGCGGCGAGAAGGACAAAUCGUCGCAGGCCCUCAGCCUGAGCAACGUAGCCGGAGUCUUCUACAUCCUGGUGGGGGGUCUGGGUCUGGCCAUGCUGGUUGCCCUCAUCGAGUUCUGCUACAAGUCGCGCAACGAGGCCAAGAGAAUGAAGCUGACCUUCACCGAGGCCAUGCGGAACAAGGCUCGACUUUCCAUCACAGGCAGUGUCGGUGAGAACGGACGGGUUCUGACGCCCGACUGUCCCAAGGCCGUGCACGCUGGACCACCUCUCCGCCAGAGUUCGGGUCUGGCCCUGGUCUCCUCCGAGCUCCCAUGAACACCAAAUGCCUCUCAAGUGCCUUAAGACAAAACCACCACAGAACCACAAGGAUCCAACGACAAGUCUACUUGAAGUCAGAAGACGAGUCAUGACAGGUUCAGACUUGUGGGUUAGAGGACGGAGGGGAAUCGACAGAGCCGUCUGAGCAGCGGAUAAAUAUCGUAACGUGAGGCAGAACACAGGAGAACUGUGGUCUGACUUGGCUGAACGAUCCAGGACGCGGUUGUCCCAAGAUAUCACCGGUGGGCGGAGCCGCCCAGGACCGGACACGGAUACUUUAUUACCCUUGAAUUUUCGUAGGACACUGUGAAGAUAAAUGUAUAUUCAGCACAGAACUAUAGGAACCACCCUUGUACAUAGCAGAUUCAGUAGAGGGUGGGUUUCUACUCAUCUUCAGAAAUUCUACUCAUUGCAAUAAUUAUUUAAAUGUAAAGAGGCGUGGCCAUAGCGACAGAGGGCGGAGUUCAGAGAAUCCACUGCCCGGACACCUGCCGGUCCAGAAGAAUGUGCAGGAGCCGCAGUAGAAAUCUUUUCUAUCCUCUGAUCUAUUUUUUCUACUUGACUUCACGCUGGUUGAACAACAUCCUAUCGGAGAAUGAAACACUGUGGACGCACUGGGACGUAGCUGGGGAGGGGGGAGGGACGGGAAUCGAGAUUUGACAUCUUCAGUAAACACCAGCCGGUUACUGAAGUGGACCAGAUAUUUCAGGCUGGCUGUUGUCCUCCGUGCUCGAUUCGGAGCCUUCUGAACUUGUACGUCUUUAUUCUAUCUUUUUUCAAGUAAAAUCAACUUCAAUUUGCCUCUGAUCCUUUUACUCUGUUCUUCAGAGAGACACGAGCAAAUAAGAAUCACGGUAUAAUCUGGUAACAGGAAACCGGGCGCCUCCAUUGAAACCUGGAAAGAGGGAUGAACUUCGGCCUACAGGAGCGACACUAACUCUUCGAAACGGUUGGCCUACGAUCGAUGGUCUGCGUUCAGUUGACUGACGCCCUCGAGUGGCCCGGAGCUCAUAUGGCACUCCGCAGGAGACGGGGAAAGAAAAAUCCUUCUUUUUCAGAUCCAAGUUUAUUUUGUUUCCAUGCCAUGUUUCAGUAAGAAGACACACGUUGGCGACUCUGGCCAGAAUAUCAAUGAGUACAAAUUAGACUGGAGAUACAGAGAAGACCCAGGAGGAGGAAAGGAAGAGGAGACAAAGAAUCCCAACAGCCCAGAGACAAAAGGUACAGCGGUUUCCCAAACCGUUCCUCCAAAAGAGUGUCAGAGAGUGAUCGCUGCAUCACAGUACAAUCAAGAGUGUGGAGCGCCUCCCUGAGGCCCGUGGAGCCGCGUGUUAUCUUACGUUAGCGAGGUACGACGGCUAGCCGGUGCCGGGCGAGUGCAGAUAUGAGACGUUUGGAUUUGUGUCCGUUCAAAACGACUUGAUGCAUGCGAGUUGGUAACUACGAAGAGGGCACUUAGGUCACCAAGCGACUCCCUUUUCGACCCGCCCGCUACACGCCAGCUGUUCUCAUCCAAACCCGAGUGAGGCUUUGACGUUCGUGGACGCACAGCUUUUAAAUAUUUUCUUGUACAGGUGUGUUACAACGAGAGAGCAAACAAAGACAUGAUCUGGAAGCAGGAACUGG